CAUGUUAUCAGCGGAACUUACGCCGUCGACGGCGUUGUUGAAUGCGAAUUAUCAGCAGCAUCAGCGUUCGAAAAAGACCCCAAAUAGCAUAUCAAAAGAUGAUAACUGCCCAUUGCGUCACGAAACGCGUCCAACAACAGCAACCACAACAACUUAUGAUAAGAGUGUUUCGGCAACAGCAACAACAACCAUAAGAACAAGCAAGCAAAUGACCAAACAACUAACAACAACAACUGCAACAAAUGCGGCGUCGAGUAUAACACAAGCGGCAAAUUUGGCGCCCACUGUUAUAUCGCCAACAGCGACAGCGACAACAACGACAGACACAGGAACGGCCACCACAACCACAGCCACAAACCCGACAACAAGUACAACGACAAUUGUUGCCACAACGGCGACAAGAACAACAGCACCCGGCAGCGCCAACGACGCCAGUGGCCGGUCAGCUGCCUUAGAGCGUGCCUACGUUCAUGACGUUUACGAACACUGUGAGGAGCCCACGGGACCAGUGCGGCCCCGAGUCGCUCAGUUUUUGAGUAACUUGGAUCCCGGCUCGGUGGUCUGUGACGUCGGAUGCGGCAGCGGUCGAUACCUAUUGACCCAAAAUCCCUCCAUCUGCACCAUUGGAGUGGAUCGCUGCUAUCGUCUGAGCAAUGUUGCCCACGAGAAGGGCGGCGAGGUAGCGGUUUGUGACAAUCUGGAGCUGCCUUUUCGCGAUGAGUGCUUCGAUGCAGUGCUCUCCCUGGCCGUUGUCCAUCACUUUGCAACAACUGAGCGAAGAUUGCGGGCUUUGCGGGAGCUGGCGCGUAUUUUGCGCAUUGGUGGACGCGUCGUGAUUACGGUUUGGGCUCUGGAACAGCGCCAUCGACGCUUUGAAUCACAAGACGUGCUCAUACCAUGGCAACCACCAAAGAACCGGAACUACUCCUACUCCGACGACGAAGAUGACGACGAUUUUUUGCCGCCAUAUCAUGCCUACACAGAGGACUCGACAAAUUCAAGUCGCUCGGCUGGUGACGGCGACAGCUCCAGUCUAUCUUCCUCGUCCCCAGGGGAAUCAUGUUACAGUUUUGUUCGACGCGCUAUACAAAAACUGGCCGGCGGGCGAAGGCAUGCCUGGUUUCUGGACUCGUGGACUUCGAAAGAUACGAAAAACGACAGCAGCCUGGACUAUGAGGACGCCAAAGACUUGCCCAUAGAGCUACGACGCCUGGAGGACUUCGAGGACUUCCAAGAGCCACCGCUAUCCGCGGGGCUUAAGUCCCGCAGCCUGGGAAGCAUAUUGCAGCCACCCCUGAGACAGAUCGUACGCUCACGCUCCAGCGUCCCCAGCCUAGGACCGCUGCACUGCAGCUGCAGUGAUGGAAAGGCUGCUAAUUUUUUAGCAGCCCCCGAGUCCUCAGCGGGCCAUUCACCCACACCAGGGGCCGGAGUUAGUGUGAGCGCGGGAAACACUCUAAGCCGCCGACCUAAACUGAUUAAGCAGAAGCAGUCUCUGUGCGAAGAGGACAACAGUUUGUAUAUGCGGAGCGGCUGCUACACAGCCAACACCCAUCAGAAUACCCCGGAGACGGGUACUCUGCCACAUAAUGGUGGUCCUCCUGCCAGUUCGCUGCCAACAUUCCUGCGUAAGCAGAGCUCUCUAAACGAGGAACUGAUGGCCUGCAAUCGCAUUCGAGAAAAGGAGCGUGUCCGUAAACGCAUUCAAAAGCAAACCUCGCUCAACGAAGCCUUUCUCUGCCGCUCGGCCAUAUUCUCCAAACGGCUACAGGUAAUCCGCGAGGGGUUCACCACAAAGAUUAGGAGCUCUACCGACAACCUAGAACGCGUAACCAACAAGAUCAUGCAGAAUUUGAAGCCCAGCGCACCCAACUCCUCCAGCGCUGCCCCUGUUAGUCAAUCAGUCAACGGAACAGGAAUAGCUCAGCCGAAUGGUGACCAGUCCAGCCAAAUCCCACACUUGCAACAUUCACACUUGGCGACGGCGACUAUCCACAAUAACAACAAUAAUAGCAGUAAACAGACCCAAGUGAAGUCCACACAUUGCCAAGGGCCGCAGAGUCAGCAUCAGCAACAGCACACCCAAGAGUCCGGGUCAGACUCCUCCAAGGACAGCAGCUUGCAGUCAGACACCAGCAUCGAGUCUGAGGACAGCUUUGCCUCGGUCAUCUUUAUACCCAAGCCGGAGCAACAGCAGCAGCAGCAGAAUUUUCAGCAGCAGCACUCCAGUUCGAGCAACUCCAGCUCCAGCAAUGGUGACGCACAGUCAGGAAGUGCUGGAACAGGAGCAUCGCGUUUGCCGCCCCACUCAGUGCCUACCUCACCCCUCAUAAUGCCCUGCCCCCCGACACCGGCCCAUUCGCCAGCUGCCACCCAAGGCACCAUACUGACGCCGCCCUCAAAGCCGGCACGUUUCAAUUUCGACGAGGCUCACAUUAAGCAGCAAGAACAACAGGCACAGGAGAAGAUUACACAGCAGACGAUCAAGGAUCUGCCUCCAAUACCGAAGUUCCGCAAGCAACAGUCCUUGCAGCUCCAACGCCAGAGCUUUCCCAUUGUACGUCGCGCUUCGGGCUCCAUGGGCAGUCACAAGCUGCUCUCGCUGGAGCUUUUCAAUCCGGCCACCGACGACCUAGACAGCGAUUCGAGCGAGCCCUCCUCGCCUGACUCCAUCGAUAGCGUAAUCAGCGCGCCCAUAUCAGCCCAGCUAUCAGCAAAGCCGAAUGACGAGUCGCAGUCCCAGCAGCUUACAAAAAACAACCGACACAAGGUAGAAAUGCGGAUCAACAACUCUACGAACAAUGACAUCAUAUUAAAUGCUGAUGCCCAGAUGCCCCAAGAGAAGGAUGCCGCUCCUGCGCAACAGCCGCAGGACUGCGCCGAGUUCGCCGAGCAACUGAGUGCACAACUACAGCGGGAGUUGGACGAUAAGACCAAUCGAGUCGAGUGUCGCAGUCUCGACGGAAUUGGGGAACUAGACGUGGCGGACUUCCUUGAUGGUAGUUGCGGCAAGAAACGUUCCGGUGGGGAUCCAAACACGCUGCGAGAACGACGACUUAUGCUGGCCAAUUUAAGCACCCAACCUAGCUUGCAGCAGUCGCCAUCGUCCUCGACUUCGUCCCUUUCGCUCGAGGAGAACGAACGCAGCUACACACUGGGACUCUACGAGCACUGCAAAAUAUCAAAAUUUAACUACAAACGCAACCGCCACUACAAUCUCAAUCCCGAGACAGCCUACUUGCUACAGGAUGACGGAGACAGCGAGGUAGAUGACGUUAUACCCGAGGAGGAUGAGGAUGCAGAGGCCGAAGCCCUCGAAGCGCGCGGUGGCGAUCGUCUAGGCGAGGGAAUGCACGAAUAUGGACAACGGCGGCGUAACGUGGCCAACGCCCUCAAAGGAAGUGCCAGCUCCGCUAAUCAGCUGCCUACACCCGUGGAGUCCGAACUGGUGCAGCAGCGUCCCUCAAGCGAGUCGUGGGAGCACGAGAACUCGAACAGCUCCACCACCUCGCUGGACAGCCCCUCUCAAGGAGGGGCCACAACGCAUCAUCGCUACUACCACGUCUUUCGCGAAGGAGAACUGGAUGCGCUCAUCAACCACCACGUAGCCAGCCUGCACAUUGUCUCCUCGUACUACGAGCGUGCCAGCUGGUGUGUUGUGGCCGAAAAAGUGCAGGUGUGGACGAUCUGAAUCUGAUCCGUCUCACGGCCUUCUAAGGAAUUGUUAAUAUUAGUGCUUAAUGAUAGACGAUUUAAUUGUAAUCCAACACACCUUUCUAUUUAAGGACGAGUGUGGUAUCCAAAUUUCUAUGUACAUGUAUAUAUGUACGUAUAUAUACAUACAAGUAUAUAGCAUGAUAAUCGAAAGAAAACAACGCAAAUCCCGCAUGUAUACCUAUUAAGAAGUACACGUACAUGAAGACAAAUAUUAUAACAAAUCAAUAUAUUACGUUGCCUGAAACUAUAUUAAAUUUACAUACGAGUAUAGUUUG